AGACAGCUUAGCUAUUAGCUAAAUAAAUGGGCCUGAUGGAUUGAAUGGUCUCCUCUCGUUUGUCUCAUUUCUGAUGUUCUUGUUUUUACUCAUUUCAGAUAACUGACAUUUGAAGAUCCAUCAUGUCAUUGUUGAAUCAAACGGACACUUCUGUCCAAGAGUUUAUUAUUGUUGGAUUUCCUUCUUUCCAGGACUCUGAGAGCAGAAACGUCCUGUUUUCCAUCUUCCUAGCUGUUUAUUCCCUUAUUCUACUGGGGAACGUGCUGCUCGUUGUUGUCUUUGUAAUGGAUAAAGGACUUCACAUCCCAAUGUACAUGUUAAUUUGCAGCCUGGCCCUUGUGGACUUAAUAAUAUCUACCACCACGAUUCCGAAAAUGCUCCUUGUUUUUAGCUUCAAAUCAACGGUCAUCUCUGUCUCCAUGUGUCUCACCCAAAUGGGUUUCUACCACACUAUGAUCGCCACAGAAUCUCUCCUUCUUGGACUCAUGGCUUAUGACAGGUACUUAGCCAUCUGUAAGCCGUUACAUUAUUUUACGCUCAUGAGCAAUGUGGUUGUGUUACAGAAGAUCAGUUGCUGUUGGGUGCUUGGGUUCCUUGUAGCAAUUGUUUCAGUCAUCUUGGCUCUCAAACUUCCUUUCUGUGGACCAAAUAAGUUGAUCCACUGUUUCUGCGAUCAUUCAGCCGUACUGAAACUGGCGUGCACGGACACAUUUCUCAACAGUUAUGUGAGCCUAGCGAUAGCUUUAUCUGUGCUCUUUAUUCCACUGAGCUUUAUUUUGUUUUCCUAUGCGAUGAUCAUAAGAUCGGUGCUCAAUAUUGUCAGCUCUGAAGGACGUUUAAAGGCGUUUUCCACUUGCGGUACACACCUCUUGAUCAUUCUGGUUUUCUUUGUCAUUGCAGCUGGGGUCUACAUCUCCAACCGGGUCCCCGGUACUUCUAUAGAUAUGCGAAUCAUGGCAGCUCUGAUUCAGAAUGUGACACCGCCACUGAUGAAUCCGAUAAUCUAUUGCCUGCGGACAAAAGAGAUCAGGGAGAGUUUUGUAAAAACUUUAAAACGAUGUAAAAUAUUAUCAGACAGAAGUUCACAGUAAACUGCAGAUAUAUAAUGUGAGCUUGUUGCCCAAUUCACAUUCAUUUUGCCUCAUUCUGCAGUGACAAACUAAUUACAGAAAACCACUGAAUUUCAGAAGCUGUGCAAAGUGCAAGCUAUUUAUUUAGUGGUGUUGUCCACAAUGAUUUAACGUUUGAGUGGGUGUCCACACCAGAAUUAGAAACAAUAUGAGGGACAUUCAAAAAGUUUCCGCACUUUUAUAUUUUCAUUGGAAACGGUGAAGGCAGGAGGAGUGGUAAUUGGUCGUGUCUGAGAGUGUCAUGUGACUGGGAAAAUUGCAUCGCAAAGGAAGGUGACUAUGUAGAAAAGUGAUAUCAUUUGUUUUUGAAAUUCUUAAUAAAUGGAAUUUAAAAACAGUGGGGAAACUUUUUGAAUGUCCCUCACAACUCUGACCAGAGCACCAUCUUUCCAUGUUUGUCUUGGGUGUUUCUCCAAUACUUUGAUUUAGAUUACAUUAGGUAAACUGAAAAUGGGCGACUUUUGUGUUGAAUGUACUCCAUGAUGGACUGAGUCUAAAACUGCCUGGAAAGUCUCCAAGUCCAGGCGAUCUUCAAACUGGAUCAAGUAGGUUCUGUCAUUGAAUGAAAGUAAUGUUAAUAGUAAUAAAGGAAAUUUCCUAUAA